AUGUCUGAAGUGGAACAGCAACUCUCAAGUGGUGGCCUCAGCAAAAUUCAAAGUAGUCCUUUGUCUGUUGAUACAAAAUUGGACGGUGAAAGUUUGGAUGGUUCUCGUCGAAGUGGCUACCAUGGCCUUUCUCCGCUAGACGCCUUAGCCCGAAAACACCGCGAUUUAACUCGUCAACUCAAUUUGCAUACUUAUGCGAAUUCUCCAAUCUCGAAAUCUGAAGACUGUCUUGUUUUACCCAAAGACAAAGUUCCUGGGAUUUCUAUGCAUCGAACAGGCUCCCCUCUAACCCCUUCAGAAUCACAUUCCUCCAUGGCAACGCAUGGUCCUAGUGUCUAUGACGAGGAUCAUUAUUAUGUUGCUAAACAACUAAGCAGCGUUUUCGGCACUCCCGAUAAUGACGAAGAUGACGAUUUUGAAUACUCUGAAAAGCUUUACGCUGAAUCCCGUCUGUCUUCAAAUUCUGAAUAUAAUGAUGCCGUCGCCAAUCAUUUUGACGACGAUGAAUACUUCAAAUCACUUCAUCCACCGAACGCUCCAUACCGUCAACAGAUUGAUUUCCUAAAACCGAAUGAUUUGGCAUUGCCCGCUUCAUCCCCUCAACGUGAAACAAAUCCAAGCGCUCCCUCUGCGAACCGCCCUCCUGUACUCAGAUCUUCUACUUCCCCAACUAUUCUUGGAAGCUCUUCUCCACCUGUCAGAUCCUUAGAAAGUACCUUGACUGUUUCACAUUCCAGUGAGGCGUUAAACAGUCCUGAGACCUCUGCGGAAUUUUACAAUAUCAGCAACAUAUCCAACUCCUCUAACGUAGGUGAUUUUUCUGCUAUCAUAAGAGACCAACAAAAUGACGCUGCUACCACUAAUCAAUCAUCAUCAUCCCUUGAUUCCCCGUUGGGCAGUCAAAGCCGUCCAGCAGCAUUGCAUGGAGCAAUUCAAUUUACCAGGUCCGCUCCAAAGCAUCAAACGGUCUCUAUUUUCAGAACUCAAUCUCCGUUUUUGAAGAGAGCAGACAAAGAAAGGGCUAAUCUGAACAAGACAAUGGUCUCCAUCAAUAAAUCCAUUAACAUUUAUCAAAGUUUUGCAGAAAACAAAUCACACAACGUUGACUUGAGCAAUUCGUUCAGACUUCUUCCUCUUUCCACUCGGUUAGAAUAUCCGAUUCUUCGACAUUUGGAGUUUUCAUUGCAAGCUUUGACAAUGAGUGCAAUUCAGUUUGUAGAUGAAAAUCAUGUUGAUAUUCCCUAUACCAACCUAAAAACCGACCUUAGCCCCUUUCAAAAUAACUUAUUCAAAUAUGAAAACUUAUCUAAAGAAGACCAUUUGCAUCAAGCGAUUCGGUAUCAUCUUUCUAAUGAUUUCAACAAAGGCUUCUUACACUCCAGCUUUGCGGCUAGGCGUGACGAUCACACGGCUUCUUUUAUUUAUGGAUUAUACCUUCGACAUGGAUUGGCUUGUUCUCCUAAAACACAUGUUUCUUUUCUUUUCCUUCUCAAAACGGCUACUUUCCUUUUGCGUGAACUGUCAAUUUCUCUACAGGAAGCUACCGUCAAUUCUGACAGUACAUACACGUCAGAAUUAGAAUCAAAGCGAUACACUACGGAUCGACUAUUACUCGCUCUAGUAUUGUAUGAGUUAGCUGUCUGCUUUAUGCACGGCUGGGGCAUCACAAGGGAUCGGCCAUUGGGUAUACAUCUCAUAAAGCUUAGCGGAGCUUGGGGAGAUGUUGAUGCUCAGUUUGAAGCAGGAAUUCAAUUUUCUUUAGGAACAGUUGCCGACAAGGAUUCUCAAAUGGCUGCUAAUUACUUCUUGUUGGCUGAGUCGCAGGGAUUAUUACCUCCACAAAAAUGCAAAUGGAUUUACAAACCUAAGUACAAUCUUCCCUUGAAUUAUAACGUGCCGGCAGCAAAAGAAGUGACUCUUGUUAUUAACAUACUGGAAAACAUUGAAGUAAACACGGUAAAAUUGAAUGGAAAAACGAAGGCAAAGUUUCGAAAUUUUAUAUCGGCGGUUCGUUAUCUUUAA